UUUGACGAAGCAGGUCCUACGCUCUGGCUCCCGCUCUCUCCCGGUUCCGUCUGCCGUGUUCUCUCGUAAGGAAAGUGACAUUUCGCUUCGCGUUUCUCGAGGCCAUUUAGAUAACGUGACGUGCAAAUAUAUACUAGAAGUGAGACGGGGAUGAUCUUUAGAAUAUAGGUUUAAAGGCAGAAAGAGAGAGAGAAACCCUCCAAAGCUCUGAAAAAAAAAAAACACGUCGGAUGUUCGUGCAAUUAAUUCAGGUCAAAAAUAAACGCGAGAAGAAAAGUCUGAGUGAGUGAUUACCUCUGAUUAUUUAAGCACCUCUGAAAGUGUUCUGAGUACGUGGCCUCUACACACUACUUAGUGAUAUAUCAGUCGGAAUUUCUAAGUGUUUAAAUUGCGAACUUUUUAAUCAAACUCCCAAUUUCUCGUCAACUUUCGGAAGUAAUCGUUUGCAAAUUUUCAUACGCUGACCUUUUAGGAAACUAACGUCUCUUUACUACGCUAACAUUAGUAUUUUUCCCGGAAUUCUUCCACGCCUGUAUAUAAUCUAUAUACUUGUACAUAUCCUCAAUAAGAUCCUGCAAAAAGAUAAACACCUGUGGGAUGCUUGUAUAGUAUCGCAAUGUGUGUGAUAUAUAUAUCAACUAUUAUCUCUAACUUUUGCUAACUACUUAAUUCGAAAAUAAAAACCAUCAGAAAAUAUUGCAAGUCGUAUUUCCUAUUGUGAAAGAAACAUCUCAUUGCAUUGUAAUCUGGCCUGUAUAAUAUUAGGCUUCAUUGUCAAAAACUGAAUGCUUAAUUAUAUAUAACUCAUAAAGAAAUUUAAAAUACAAGCAAAAAAGUUCUCGAGAAACUUCCAUCGUGACUGAGCGAGACAAAAUGAAAAAUGAACGAAAUGAUUUCCCCCGAAAUGUUGUUGCUCCACGAAGCAACGAAACUCAGUCGAUUAGUGCCGCGGAAAAGGAAGGUUUUACGUAUUAACUCGAAAUAAGAAAAAAAAAAGAUACCGCAGACCCAUUUCGCAACGAGCAGCAGCAGCAGAAGCGAGCAGCAUUAGUAGUAGUAGUAGUAGUAGUAGUAGUCGAAGUAGUAGUGCUGACAGAAAAUCACCGUCGUUCAUAAACAUGGUGUCCAAUCACCUGCUUCUUGUCAUGAACAUGCUCCUGAUUGCAAUGGUUUCAGUGAACUCCAUCGACGAAGAAGUUUGGGAGGUGAUAGGAGUUGCCGGCCGUACUAGUGAUCUUCCAUGCUACCUCAACCCUCGAACUUCAGGAGACAGACCUAAACUUAUAUUAUGGUACAAAGGGGAUAUCAAAACGCCAAUUAUCAGUAGUUACGACGGCCGCCUGCCCGAAGUACAUCCUUCCACAGUCCACCGUGAAGAAUACAUCCUUACCGUGGGCAGGACGGCGGCCACUCUCACCAUCAACACCGUCGGCACGGAGUCGGCCGGCAUGUACGAGUGCCGAGUCGAAUUCUUCAAGUCGCCGACUCACACCAACCUCGUCAAUCUCACUGUCAUUGUUCCUCCUCGGAGCGUCGAGAUUCACGACAGCCACACCGGGCCUGCAAAAAACGGUAUUAUCGGGCAAUACUACGAGGGCGACAAAGUCACCAUCACUUGCAUAGCCCGAAAUGGUUCUCCUCUGCCGAACGUGACAUGGUGGAGAAACGAGAGGAUCGUGGACGGCCUUUGGGAAGUAACAGGUCCUGGCGUGGUGAAGAAUAACCUGGUGAUUGACAAGCUCACCAGGUCAUGGCAUAACCAGACGCUGACCUGCUCGGCUUCGAACACGCACCGCACGAACCCGGUGUCAACCUCCGUUGUCAUCAAAAUGUACCUGUUACCUACGAGCGUCAUUAACCAACCAGGAGACGUCCAGGAAGGAGAUCUUAUAAAGCUCAUAUGCGAAUCUGAAGGCUCCAGGCCGCCGGCGGUGUUACACUGGAAAGUUAAAGGGAUUAAAAAUCCAUCGGCGAGGGACGAAAACUACGGUGGUAUGACGAGGUCGACUUUACUCAUCAACGUCAGUCGAGAGGACGACAAGUCGACCGUCAUCUGCCAGGCACACAACCCGACCAGAGCUAAAAUCGUAAUCACCAACACGACGAUUCUUAACGUUCAAUACAAACCAUCCGUGAGAGCGGAGAUGGGGAAGUCCUUGAGGGCGGAAAGUUUGAAGGAAGGCGAUGACGUUUACUUCGAUUGUACAGUCGACGCAAAUCCCAACGCCACCAAGAUAACUUGGUACCAUGAGGACAAGGUACAGGUUCAGAGCAUUGCCCAGGGGAUCAUCACGACGGGCAAUUCUUUAGUCCUGCAGAAGGUGAACCGUGAGCAGGCUGGUUUUUACAGAUGUGCUGCUACAAAUAAACUGGCUACGGUGACCAGUCCUCCCGUAAGACUGAAGAUAAGAUAUAAACCAGAAUGCUUCACCUUCCCGACCACCUAUUUCAUCUACGACAAACCUAUCAACGUGACCUGCACGGUGUCCUCUUACCCAGCCGUCCAUUCCAUCUACUGGCAGUGGAACAACAGCAAUGACGUCAUCACCACCAAGCCCGAGACGGCCGAGCUGGAGAAAUCCCAGGCUCAGCUGACGGUGACUCCGAUCGAAAACAGGGAGGACCGGGUCCUCUCCUGCUGGGCGGUCAACGAAAUGGGAGAACAGACGAAGCCCUGCGGAUUCACAUUCAAAGUUGCCCAGAUGCCCUUACCGCUGUCUUCUUGUCGUCUUGCCAACAUCACGGCUUCGUCCCUAAGUCUGACGUGCCAGAGACCGCAUGUGCCAACUGCUGGAACUACUCUCUACCGGGCGGAGGUUUACUUCCAAAACGACACCCUUUUCGCAAACGUGACCUCUGACCGUCCUAACUUCAACGUGAGUCGACUAGACGCGGGAAUGAGGUACCAGAUAAAGGUGUACGUCACGCACGGGCCAGUGACGUCGCAGCCAGUUGUGGUGUCUGCUUAUACUUCCAGAACGUCAAGAACGACACCAGCUGACAUCAUCAGCAAAGACACUGGGACUUCGAUAGGGGGCGCCGUGGGCGCCGUGGUUGGAGUCCUUUUGGGCGUGGUGGGGUUGGUCCUCGCCAGGAACUACUGCAGGAAACGAAGGACUCGAAGGAAGCCAGAGCCUCGACCUCCUUCAGACGACAGCAAUCCGGAUGUCGUUCCAAAUAUUGAGGAGACCUACGAUCUCUUGUCAUCUGGAGAAGGGAAAUCGGAGGCAAUGGUGUACGAAGUUAUGGACCCUUCGCUCGGAGAGGAUGUGCCGAUGCAGGGUAUGAGCGAGCAGCAGGAAUCUUACCACCCUCUCAUGCUCCAGCAUUCGCCGAAGGAGGUCGACGACUAUCCCGGCGUCCGGACGGAUCUCUACUGCCCAGUGGAUCAGCUGAUGAAGGCGGAGGAGAGCGUCGUUUAAAAAACUGACCAUGGAACUGUGUUAUGGAAGAAUAUGCCUCGCUUCGUCGUGAACUCGGUGUUCAGUGAAUGAAAGUAUUGCUAUGAGGAAAUGAAAAAGGGACAAAUUGCGAGAAUUGUCUGGCUGACGCACGAUAUGAUGCUUAGAUAAUACAUAAAAGAAAGGAAACGAGAUAAUACAAGAAAGAAAGGAAACGAAUUGUAACGAUUGGGAAAGAGAUGGUAAAAUGGAAAUGAAAUGAUAGUGCAAAAUAAGUUCGCCUGGUAAAACGAAGAGCAAAGUGACUGAUUAAGAAUACGACAAUAAUUCGCUCUGUGAAAAAACAUUAUUCACCGGAAUCAUAAGUUGUGUUGCAAUAAGGAACAUUGCCUCUGUCACUUCUAUAUGUUUGAAGCAAGCGUUCAGACAUUUUCCUAUGUGAAGAUGUUAAGAAAAUUGUGAAUUUCUUCAGAGAAGAAAGAGAGAGAGAGAGAGAGAGAGAGAGAGAGAGAGAGAGAGAGAGAGAGAGAGAGAGAGAGAAUGAAAUGUUUGAGAGGAUGACCAGCAGAGAUUUUCUUUAAGCGUGCAAGGGUGAUUUGUUCGAAAAAAAAAAUAAAAUAAAACUUAAAUUUUAUAAAUCAGAUAUUGAUUGAUGGAAAGGCUAAACGUACGCAAGGAAAAGAAAACACAAAACUCCAGUGCUCUAAUUGUAAAGCCGGCUUUAUCCUUCCGGCUGCCAGACUUAUUACAGAGUGAUCCAGCUUUGGAGUUGGUCAGUCCACACGUGCGGAUUUCGCCAGGUGCUGGAUGUAAAUUGUGAAGAAGUCCCUGACAAGGAUUAUACCCGUUGCUUCCAUGUCUAAUUUAACUGCUGUUCAGACUGCUACUUUGCAUCUGAGCCGUAGUGAUAUUGUUCAUAUAUAUAUAUAUAUAUAUAUAUAUAUAUAUAUCUAUAUA